CUUCGAUUCCAUUCAGUGUGUAAAAGCUUCUAGUGUCAGCAAUGGUAAAAUUCGCGGUGCCAUGUAUUUUAGCUAUUGCCUACUGGGCAGGGCCUUGUUUUUGUGUCCCCUUCAUUAUUGAAUUGCCUGGCUAUGCGAAGGCUGUUAUGGGAGGAUACGGAAACCUCAGUACAUCUUGGUACGACCCACAACGUCCGUUUUACUCUUUCCGCUAUUUCCAUUAUGCUGCCAAGCCGACUAACGAGACGCGAUUUCUGCCUCCAGUUCCUUCUAAUUACCCUUACCCAGAUGACGAAAUCUACAACUCUAUCGAUGCCCCACCAGAAUGUUACCAAGGUGACGAGAAUGGAGGGGAAGAUUGUCUCAUCCUUUCUGUCUACACACCCAAGUUUCCUGGCAAUGCUUCCGAUCCUUCUACUACUUAUGACGAUUUGCUGCCCGUUAUGGUCUGGAUUCAUGGCGGUUCUUUCGAAUAUGGUCGAAGUAUAACCUACCAACCACAAACUUUUAUGGCUCACGAUGUUGUUAUGGUAGUCAUCCAAUACCGUCUUGGUCCUUUUGGAUUCUUAUCGCUGGAAACGGAUGAAAUACCUGGAAAUGCUGGCAUGGCUGACCAAAUAGAAGCUUUACGCUGGAUCCAAAAAUUCAUCAAAUAUUUCGGUGGUGAUAAAGAUUGCGUUACUAUUGUUGGCGAAAGCGCCGGAGCAGCAAGUGUCGGUUUCCUACUUCUUGCUCCUCAAGCGAAAAAUGAAAAAUUUUUUCAUCACGCCAUUGCCGAAUCUGGCUCAAUGUUGACUGACUGGGCAUUGGAUCGUAAUGCUAAGAAAAACGGAAUGAGAAUCGCAGAGUUCACAAAUUGCACACUGGAACCUUACGAGGUGUUGUUGCAUUGUCUGAGGAAUCUUGACGCUUACACGCUUCGUCAAGCUCAAAAACAAUAUUCGAGAGAAGACGAAAGGAACGGUGGGCUAGGAUUUGGUGGCCAAUCUCCCAUUAUCCAAACGGCCGGAAAAGAAAAAUAUCUUACGGAUGAGCCAAAAGCCUUGAUUGAAAGAGGAGAAUACAUGACAGAGGCCAAAAUUUUGUUCGGUGCUAAUGAAGGUGAAGGCAUUAUGGCGUUCGAUUUACUGUUAAACAGGUACAUCAGGCCAAAUGGUCUGGAUGGCGACGUAAACUUCUGGAAAUAUGACGCUGUUAGAGUCGUUUUCGGUGCACUUGGUGUCCGCGAUGAUACUGGAGCUUUGGCGGAUGCACUGACUACUAAAUAUCUUGGCUACGCCAUCGAGUCUUGUCAAAUGGGAAAUUUUACAGUCAUGAUUCCAGGUCUCAUUGAUAUUUACGGCGUCUUAUUCUUAAAAGCUGGUGGCUGGCAAACAGUGUUACUUCACACAAAGUACAAUCCCAGCGCUUAUUGGUAUUCUUUCGACUUUUUUGGAAAAAUCAGCUUGAUCUCGUCUGAUGAAGUUCUUCCGAGAGGUGUGAUGCACGCUGACGAAAUCAUGUACCUGUUCACAAUGCCCAUCCCGCACAACGAGACCGAAAUCGAGUUAUCCAGGAAAAUGUUAGAAGUAUGGACAACGUUCGCCAAAUACGGAAAUCCAACACCAGACGGAGUGCCAAUGAGGGAAGGUAUUCCGCACUGGCCAGCCUACACCCACGAGAAAAAAGAGUUUAUGGCGAUCAACAAAUAUUGGAGUGUCAAAAAUGACUAUUCGCUGUAUUACACCGUUACGGUAGACAAGGCAGGGCCGAGGUCCAUCGAUCGUGAAUCCGCUGAAAAAUGUUCCAACGAGUAUUGGGCAUCAAAAAGAGAGAGACGCUUUGCUUGAACGGUUGUUACAUAACUGCCUGAAUAAAUGACAUUAAAAUGUAAAAACUGC